AUGGAAACCAACCACGACGAGUUGGUCGGCAAACCAAUUAGAUAUGCGUGGUACGCCCAAGAGCCGCGUACCUGGCAGUCAGCCAUCUCCAAGCAGCAGAAGGCUGACGCCAAGCUCCACGUUGCCUCCAUGAAGCUCUUCUUGAGCGACGAGUUUGUGCUGGACACAACGGUACCGGACUAUCGUGAUCGGGUCGUGACCUUGGGCAAGCAUGCUGUAGCAGCCGUGCUCGAAUUCCUGGUCCAGCAAAUGAUCACCUCGCGCGGGGCGGGGGCCGUCCUCAAGCACCUCCGCAUCCUGCAUCGUUGUGGGGUGCUGAACGCCAAGAUCGAGCGCCACCAGCGGCUUCUGCAAACGACGGCCAUCCGAGAUCCCGCACCUCGACACACACAAGACAUUUUCGAGCCAGUAGUUUAG